AGAGAUGAUUCUUUCUUUCUUUCUUCCUCCAUCCACAUAACAAACAUCAUAACCCAAUACUCUCUCUUUCUUUUAUUGUUGACGUCUCACCUUCUCCUCCUCCUCCUCCUAAUUUUCAGUUUAUUGGUUCUUGAUUUUUUUUAUGAAACAUGGAGUCGAUUUCUCCGGUGACUAAUCAAACCUCUGUUUCUUACGAUCAAUCACGGCGUAGACGUAAGAAGAAGCAUCCCUCUCCGCAACCGCAACCGCAACGACCGUCUCAGUCAUCUGUUGAGAAAUGGAGAUCGGAGAAGCAGCAACAGAUCUACUCUACUAAUAUCAUUCAAUCUUUAAGAGAGCUCCGGAUUAGCUCAGCCGCCGCCAAGCCGUCUCCUCGCGGCGGAGGUGUAGCCGUACGUGACGCAGCUUAUAGAUCGUUGGCGGUUACGGCUAGAGGAAGAACACUGUGGAGCAGAGCUAUAUUGUCUAAAGCCGUGAAACUCAAGUUCCGGAAACAGAACCGGUUUAGAGAUUCGAAUGCUUCGAUAACCACCGGGAAUGUUAAUAACCGGUUAAGGAAAAAAAGAGCGACGGUUAUGAGGUUGAAGGGGAGAGGUUUGCCAGCUGUACAGAGGAAGGUGAAGUUGCUUAGCCGGUUAAUCCCAGGUUGCCGGAAACAACCGUUACCUGUGGUUUUGGAAGAGACCACCGAUUAUAUUGUUGCCAUGGAGAUGCAGAUUCGAGCUUUGAAUGCCUUGAUCUCCGCCGUUACGCCGCCACCACGACCACCACGACCACCACCGGAGACAGGUCAUGAUGGGGAUGAGACACACAUGCUCGGUUAGCUUGGCCCAGCUGUCUUUUUUUCUUAUUUUAAUUUUCCGAUUUUUAUUAAAUCUUUUUUUUUUGCUAUUUUAAUAUUAUGAACUUUUAUGUAUGUAUGAUUAAACAUUCUCUUCAUAUUAACGUAUAUUCAUCUCUCUUUUUUUUUCGUGAA